GUGACGCUUUGGGCAGAGUGAGAGAGCGGCUGAUGCUUCAGUGCAGUGAGGAGCUACGGGAGACAGGAGCACAGGGGUCGGAGCUACGGGAGACAGGAGCACAGGGGUCGGAGCUACGAGAGACUGGAGCACAGGGGUCGGAGCUACGGGAGACAGGAGCACAGGGGUCGGAGGGAGGCGCAGUUCCGUUACACAGUGAGAGACGGAGGAGGGAGGAAUAAGGAGGUGCCGGUGAGAGGAGAAGAAGAAGGAGUGCAGGAGCGGUGGCGCUGUGCAUGGAGGGAUUUGUAGAGAAGAAGCAAAUCAGCCCCGGUCAUUCUGCACAAGAGUUGCGCCUGAGCCGGGCCUAGUUGGGCCGACAUGUUCCGUAACAGCCUGAAGAUGCUGCUCAGCGGCGGCAAAUCCAACCGCAAGAAUCGCUCCAGCGAUGGAGGGAGCGAGGAACUCCAGGAGAGUCGGAGGCAGCCGAGUGUAGACAGUCGCCACGGUCGGGCGGCCCAAGGUGGCUCCUCCUCAGAGAACGACUGUGCGUUUGAGCCGGAUUACUCCAUCAACCCUCUCCCGGUCACAGAGGGAAUGCAGCACAUCAGGAUGAUGGAGGGCAUGUCCCGCUCUCUGCCCUCGUCCCCUUUACUCACCCAUCAGGCCAUCAGUGUGCGGCUGCAGCCCACGAAAAAACUAACUGACCCACUGAGAAAGGCAAAGUUUGUGGAGAGUCCCAGAAUUCCAGAGUCUGAAUUAGGAUCUCCGACUCUCGGUUCCACCCAGAAACUGGAAGCUGAGGCCUACCUGCUGGGGGAAGACGAGUUGGUCCUGGGCCCACCUCCAUCCGUUGAUGAGGCUGCGAACACCCUCAUGACCCGAUUGGGUUUCCUCCUGGGAGAGAAAGUCAGCGAAGUCCAGGCGACUGUUCCCCAAUACAGCAUGGAGGAGCAGGAGGAAAACCAAGUGAGAGAAGACUGGCAAGAAGACAAACAGGGUUCUUCGGUCACCCAGAGGAUCAGCCCCUGUUCCACACUGACCAGCAGUACAGCUUCUCCCCCUGCCAGCAGCCCCUGCUCCACGCUCCCACCCCCUAACACAACGGCUCCUGCCAAGGACUGCAGCCCAACCUCCACGUUGGAGAGCAGGGACAGCGGAAUCAUUGCCACCUUGACAAGCUACUCCGAAAAUAUGGACCGCUCCAAAUAUGGGGUGGAGAGUGGCAAGGACGGUGGCUCCCGCGGGUGUGUGAAACAGGCCCAAAAGUCCAUGGACUCCUGUCUCUACCGGGUUGACGAGAACAUAAUGGCCUCUACCUUCAGCCUGAACAAGAUCCCUGAGAGGGGACUGGACACUGGUCUCUCCCAGUCUGUACAGUCGAUCCCACUCUACCUCAUGCCAAGACCCAACUCUGUUGCAGCCACCAGCUCUGCACACCUGGAAGACCUUGCUUAUCUGGAUGAGCAGAGACACACCCCACUGCGUACUUCUUUGCGGAUGCCACGUCAGACCCUGGCCGGACUACGCACCCCACAGGACCUGAGAGUGCGUUUCGCACCCUACCAGCCCCCAGAUAUUUCCUUGAAACCACUGUUGUUUGAGGUACCGAGUACCACCACAGAUGCCAUGUUUGUGGGACGUGAUUGGCUCUUCCAUGAAAUUGAUGCCCAGCUCCAGAGCGAGGACGAUGCUGUCAACCGGGGAGUAGUCAUCUGCGGCAAUAUCGGCUUUGGGAAAACUGCUAUAAUUUCCCGGCUCGUCACGCUAAGCUGCCACGGGACACGUAUGCGACAGAUCAAUUCUGACAGCCCGCAUGCCUCCCCGAAACAUUCAGAAGCAAAUAGGGAGCUGAGCCAACCAGGACAGAUGCACUCAGGCAUUACCAGCGGAAGCUGCCCAGGGACACCGGAAAUGCGCCGGCGGCAGGAGGAGGCAAUGAGGAGAAUAGCAGCGCAGGUGGUGGCAUAUCACUACUGCCAGGCUGACAAUGCCUAUACCUGCUUAGUACCUGAAUUUGUUCAUAAUGUGGCCGCCUUGCUCUGCCGGGCCCCUCAUCUUGUGGCUUACAGGGAACAACUUUUGCGUGAGCCCCACCUACAGAGCCUUCUCAGUCUGCGCUCCUGUGUGCAGGAUCCAUCUGCAUCUUUUCGCAGGGGUGUCCUAGAACCACUGGAAAACCUGUACAAAGAAAGGAAGAUUCCGGAUGAAGAUUACAUCAUUUUGAUAGAUGGGCUGAAUGAAGCGGAGUUCCACAAACCAGAUUAUGGAGAUACUAUUGUGUCAUUCUUGAACAAGAUGAUAGGGAAAUUUCCCCGCUGGCUUAAGCUUAUCGUGACCGUGAGAACUACCCUGCAGGAAAUCACUAAGCAACUUCCUUUCCACCGCAUUUCCCUCGACCGGUUAGAAGAAAAUGAGGCUAUAGACCAAGACCUCCAGGCUUACAUUCUUCAGCGCAUUCACAGCAGUUCCGAGAUCCAGAAUAAUAUUUCCCUUAAUGGCAAGAUGGACAACACUACCUUUGGGAAGCUUAGUUCUCACCUCAAGACACUGAGCCAGGGAUCUUAUCUUUACCUAAAGUUGACAUUUGACCUCAUAGAAAAAGGUUACCUUGUUCUCAAAAGCUCCAGUUACAAGGUGGUUCCAGUGUCUUUGACUGAGGUCUACCUCUUGCAGUGCAACAUGAGGUUUCCCACCCAAUCCUCAUUUGAAAGGGCUCUACCUCUCCUCAACGUUGCCGUGGCUUCUCUUCACCCGCUGACUGAUGAACACAUCUUCCAGGCCAUCAACGCAGGCAGCGUGGAUGGAGGGUUAGAAUGGGAAGACUUUCAACAGCGCAUGGAGAAUCUAUCCAUGUUCCUGAUCAAGAGGAGAGACUUGACUCGGAUGUUUGUGCACCCUUCUUUUCGGGAGUGGCUGAUUUGGAGGGAGGAUGGUGAAAAGACCAAAUUUCUGUGUGAUCCCAGGAGUGGCCAUAUUCUGCUGGCAUUCUGGUUCUCUCGCCAGGAGGGGAAGCUGAACAGGCAGCAGACCAUCGAGCUGGGACACCAUAUACUUAAAGCCCAUAUCUUCAAGGGUCUCAGCAAGAAGGUUGGAGUUGCAUCAUCUAUCCUCCAAGCCCUAUGGAUUUCUUAUAGCACAGAUGGCCUGUCAAUGGCGCUGGCAUCUCUUAGAAACCUCUACACUCCCAAUAUCAAGGUGAGCCGUCUGCUGAUCAUGGGGGGAGCCAAUGUGAAUUAUCGUACUGAGGUGCUGAACAACGCCCCUAUCCUGUGUGUUCAGGCACAUCUGGGAUACACAGAGAUGGUGGCACUGCUGCUGGAGUUCUGCGUAAAUGUGGAUGCCAGUUCAGAGAGUGGCCUUACUCCACUGAGUUAUGCAGCCGCGUCAGGCCACCUAACCAUUGUCAUGCUGCUGUGCAAGAGGCGAGCCAAGGUGGAUCUGCUGGAUAAGAACGGCCAGUGUGCGCUGGUUCAUGCUGCUCUGCGGGGUCACCUGGAGGUAGUCAAGUACCUAAUUCAGUGCGACUGGACUAUGGCCGGACAGCAGUCAGGAGUCCUGAAGAAGAGCCAAGCCAUCCAGCAAGCCCUGAUCGCAGCUGCUAGCAUGGGAUACUCAGAGAUUGUCUCCUACUUGCUGGAUCUCCCUGAGAAGGAUGAGGAGGAAGAGGAGAGAGCUCAGAUUAACAGCUUUGACAGCUUGUGGGGAGAGACCGCUCUAACCGCUGCAGCGGGCCGUGGGAAGCUAGACGUUUGCCGACUUCUACUUGAACAAGGGGCAGCUGUUUCCCAGCCCAAUAGGCGAGGUGUUGUGCCAAUAUUCAGUGCUGUGCGCCAGGGACACUGGCAGAUUGUGGACCUUUUACUCACCCACGGGGCAGAUGUAAACAUGGCUGACAAGCAGGGCCGCACCCCACUAAUGACAGCAGCAUCUGAGGGGCAUGUGGCUACAGUGGAGUUCCUGCUGGCACAAGGAGCUUCCAUAAGCCUCAUGGACAAGGAGGGCCUGACAUCUCUGAGCUGGGCUUGCCUUAAAGGGCACCUUUCAGUGGUGCGGAUGCUGGUGGAAAGUGGAGCUGCUACUGACCACGCUGACAAGAACGGAAGAACUCCUCUGGACCUUGCAGCCUUUUACGGAGACGCCGAGGUGGUUCAGUUCCUGGUGGAUCAAGGAGCAAUGAUUGAACAUGUGGACUACAGUGGGAUGCGCCCGUUGGACAGAGCGGUGGGAUGCAGAAACACAUCGGUGGUGGUGGCUCUUCUGAAGAAGGGAGCCAAGAUAGGUCCAGCAACCUGGGCCAUGGCAACUUCCAAGCCAGACAUCAUGGUCAUUCUGCUGAGUAAACUGAUGGAGGAGGGAGACAUGUUCUACAAGAAGGGAAAGGUAAAAGAAGCGGCUCAGAGGUACCAAUACGCUCUGAAGAAGUUCCCACGGGAGGGAUUUGGUGAUGAUCUUAAGACAUUUCGAGAACUCAAAGUGUCUCUCCUGCUUAAUCUGUCCCGCUGCCGACGAAAGAUGAAUGAUUUUGGGAUGGCUGAGGAAUUUGCCACUAAAGCUUUGGAACUGAAGCCAAAAUCCUAUGAGGCAUUUUACGCCCGAGCCAGGGCCAAGCGGAGCAGCAGGCAAUUCACUGCGGCUCUGGAGGAUCUGAAUGAGGCCAUCCAGCUUUGUCCUAACAACCGUGAAAUUCAGCGGCUGCUAAUGCGGGUCGAGGAGGAAUGCAGACAGAUUCAGCAGGAGGAGGAAGUGCAGGAAAUGCAAGAUGAGCCAGAGCAGGAGGCGCAGAAUGAGGAAAUAGACUCCACGCAGGAGGAUAUCUAUGAAGAAGAGUAUCUUGAGCAGGACAUGGACGCUGUUCCUGUGAGUUUACCAACUGAAGUAAGGCCAUGCCCGAGUCUACCAGGAAUGCAAAGUCCACCCCAAUCUCCUGCCCAUCGGGAUUCUGCCUAUAUCUCUGGCUUUGACUUCAGAUCCAACAGCUCAGUAGGUUCUCCUACAAGGCAAAGCUACCAAUCUACUUCUCCGUCCCUUUCUCCCACUCACCAGAACCACUACAGAGCCAGUCCUCCUCACACAUCACCAGCCCACCAGAGCUCAUCGUAUCGCUUCAGUCCCCCUCCUGUGGGCGGGCAAGUUAUGGACUACCCCAGCCCACCCCCUUCACCUCUACGAAGGGCCCCCCAGUACAGAGCCAGUCCUCCUAGUGAAAGCAUGUACAGACAGCCAUCUGGCUCUCCAGUACGGUAUCAACAGGAACCAUGCAUAAGUCAGCACCCAGGUAGACCCAAGUCUCCUUUGUCCAAGAUGUCUCAAAGGUCCUUCCAGAUGUCACAGCUUCCAACUGCCAUCCCUCAACCUGCACAUCGGUUGCAACCUGCCAAGGCACAAAUUGUACGCAGCAAUCAGCCUAGUUCUGCAGUUCACUCCAGUGCAGUCAUCUCCAGUGGGACAUAUGGACAAGUGGCACAUGGGAUGGCCAGUAAAUACCAGACAUCCUCUGGGGAGAUAAGCCAAAGCCGACUAGUGUACCAAGCCUCUCUUGGAGGCCUCAUGCCGGAUGGUCGUCCUGUUCAGCAUGUUCAAGCUAGUUUGAGUGCUGGGGCAAUAUGUCAACAAACAUUCCCAAAAGAUGACAUUCCCCAACGGCCGACCUCUGCCUACAGAGGUGGCAUGAGGUACAACCAAACGCCGCAAAUUGGUCGCAGCCAGUCUGCAUCUUACUAUCCAGUUCUAGAACGCACUUCUCUGCCAUCCAGCCAGCUUGUCUCGACAGAAGUUUCUCACCUGAUAAGGAGACCUGUGAGUAUCAACCCUAAUGAAAUCAAGCCUCACCCGCCCACGCCAAGGCCGCUGUUGCACUCGCAAAGUGUGGGACUUCGCUUUUCUCCGUCCAGCAACAGCAUUUCAUCCUCUUCCAGCCUGUCUGCUAACUUCCGUGCAUCCGCCUCCAUUCAACAAAUGGAAAUUCCACUCAAACCAGCCUAUGAACGGCUCUGUGAUGAGUUGUCUCCAGUGUCCCCACCCCAAGGGACCUACCCUAAUGAACCUCGCUCUAGGACCACCCCCUUCAUGGGUAUCAUCGACAAGACAGCACGGACUCAGCAGUACCCUCAUCACCAUCAGACAAGCAGACCAUGGGCUGUUUCCUCUGUAGACACUGUCCUUAGUCCCACAUCUUCUGGUAUCCUCCCCCAGCAAGAAUCCUUCAGCCCCCCCUCCUCAAUCAGCAACAUAGCAUUUUAUAACAAAACCAAUAAUGCGCAGAACGGGCAUCUACUGGAAGACGACUACUACAGCCCUCAUGGGGUCUUAGCCAAUGGCUCCCGAGGGGACCUAUUAGAGAGAGUUACACAGGCCUCUUCUUAUCCUGAUGUCAAAGUGGCCAGAACACUGCCUGUUGCACAGGCUUACCAGGACAACCUUUACCGGCAGCUGUCCAGGGACUCCCGACAGGGCCAGACUUCACCCAUCAAACCAAAGAGACCAUUUGUGGAGUCCAAUGUGUAGAAUGACUGACUAUCCCCUCGCCAAUCCACUUCUUUCCAGGGUCUCCUCCUUUUCCCCCUCAAUGCUCCCUCCCAGUGUCCCUCUGUCUUGCUCUGCAGUCAGGUGAUGGAGCAACUUUUCCUAAGACUACAGUGCCUCCUACUUAUCUUCUUUUCCCCAGCUUUGGAGACUUUAACUCAGUUUGUGCUUCUGACCCACCAAGUUGGGCAGACCUGGUCCCCUAGUGAGGAAGAUGCUUCCUAGAAGUCCUUCUUGCAUUGAACAAGUUGGGUUCUCAGAUUACAGCUGGGUAAUCUUUUUCCCCCUCCUUCCCUCACUAUCUAUUUAAUUUUGGAAUGUGUUUUAUUGUUUGUGAACUAGAUUUUAACCAGUAAUUGCACUUACCUUGAUAAGACAUUACCUUGCCAGCCCCAUUCACCUUUCUGUACACAGCUAUAGGGCUUUAUUGGGAAUGAAACUGCUUCUCCUUCUUGAGAUCAAGCUUCUGCAGGCAGGCAGUGUAAACAGGCCUUGGUUAUUAUUCUGGGGUGUUAAGCUAAGGUAGAAGCAGAACCGCCAUUGAGAGAAAGUUCACUCUAGCAGCACCGCAGGGAUCUGGAAAUUUAGCACUCAAAAGGGCUCUGUCUAUAUAUCUACCUAUCUGUCUAGACACAAACGCACAUAAUACUGUAUAAAUGAUCUAGUAAUAUGCUUUAUAAUGAGUGAUUACGUUUUAUAGCUGAUAAAUCAUGUAUCAAACAGUGUUUUUGAAGGAGACAUAUGUACAAAUACCUUCAGAAGCCAAGCACCAUGCCUCCAUAUACUGACAAUUUUUUAAAGGGACUGAUGACACCAUUCUUUACUUUCCCUCAUUGGUGAUUGUUUUGAGGGGCGUAAAUGUCAAUUAAGAAACAAGCAACAUGGCGACCAGUUUAACAGUAAGGAGCAGAUGUGCAUUGAGGUGGGUUUAGCAGAUCUUUCACACUGAAAAAUGGUGCCAUUGCCAGCUGGUAGUCUGAAGAAGACCUAUGUGCAUUGAGUAUGUGGUGGAAGUUGCUUUGAGUCCCCUGAUCCAAGGUCAGCGCUAGGGAUAGUUGCCCUUUGGAUAUUAAGGAAUGGUAGAAGUGAGCCUUAAGGUGGCCAUACACGGACCAAUAAAAGCUGCCGACAGGCCGAGUCUCCGACGGGCUUCCCCGAUCGAUAUCUGGCCGAAAGUCGUCAGAUGUCGAUCGGACAGGACUAAAAAUCCCGUCGGAUCGCGCCCGCAUCUGUUCGUUAAUGUGGUCCCGCUAUCUGACCGUUACCCUUCGUUAUGAUCCGAUCGUUGGGCCCUAGGGCCCACAACGGAUCAGCCCGAUAUCGCCCACCUCAAGGUGGGCAUAUCAGGGAGAGAUCUCUCAGUGUAUGUCACCAAAUGAGCAGAUCUCUCAGUGUAUGGCCACCUAUAGGCUAGGGCCACAAUGGGGGCAAAAUCAGCUAGCUGGAAUACACUGGCCAUAUUGAGGGCAGUAGCCUCCUCUUUUCUGGAUUUAGAAGCACAGACUUCAGCUCAAAAUUUCAGAGACUUGCAGUUCUUCGCGAGUUUGUUUGCAUUUAAAGCUUAUGAAUGCAGAAAAGAGAGGAGGCUACUGCCCUCAAUAUGGCCGGUGUAUUUCAGCUAUCUGAUUUUGGCCCCUGUGUGGCCCUAGCCUUACAAUCAGAACAGCUGUAUCUCAGCAGGGUGUCUAUUAGGAAACUGGCUGCCCUUUCCAUGUUCUUUUGAUAGUUUUAAUUUGCAUUGGUUGCUAAGUGUUCAAUGUACCCCAUACAAAGCUUAGCUAUAGGGUCAAAUGAGGCCAAUCAAAUAUGGGUUGUUUAUUUGAGCAGAAUUACCAUGUUUUAUUUUUUAAUUCCAAGAAUAUUGCAGCAGGUGCCUCUACAGAUGUUGUUGAGCUAGAGCUGCCACCAGAACUUCUGGUUCCACAAGAACUGGAAAGCUGCCAACACUUGUGUUUUUAUUGCUCUUUUUAAUUCUUACUGUGCGCUUUGUUGGUCAGAGUUUCUGUGAGUAUAUAUGAAGUACAUACCAGAUAUGGGAUUGUUGGAUUAAUCAUCUUUACAUGGGCACAUAUUGGCUUGCAGACUUGGCCACUUUUAAGAUAGAAGGUAAAUUAUUGGUGAUGCCAUUGACUAGUUGUCCGAGGACUCGUUUAAGUCAACAGCCAAUGUCUGCUUGUCAGCCUAUGAAUGGAGUCCUUGACCUGCGGAUCUUCAGGGCCCACCUGCAUGAUCCAAUGUGUGACGUUGUAACAUAGUUAUGUUGUGUGUGUCCAGAUUAGUCUAUUGACUUGGCAAAUCUGCAUAUGCGCAUGUUAGACUAACUGCUACAAACUGGUGGCCAUUGGUUUCAUUGGGUGUGCCGGUGUAUUUAUCAGGCUUGGUAUUUUGGGAUAGUGCUGGUAGUUUCAUGCUGGGAGUUGAUCUUACAACUAAGAAUAUAUAUCCUACCCAUUACUGUUAGUUGAGUUAUUUGUGCAGACUUGGUGCUCCACUAGCUUUAGCUCAAGUGUGACAUCCAGUAUAGGGAAAUGUGUGUUUUGGUAUCAGUCGGUUUCUUUUCAUUUACGGCUCAAUACUCAUGGAUUAAGAGGAGCAGCUUGUAGGCUUCCAAGGCAAAACUACAUCAUAGACUGUCACUUUCCAUAGGUUUACAAGAAAACACCGCACCGUAGGCUGUCUUAUGAUAAGGCAACACCGCACCGUAGGCUGUCACUGCCUUAGGCACCAUAUGCUGUCUCUGUCCCUACGGUAUCAAGGCACCACCGCACCGUAGGCUGUCACUGUCCUUAGGCACUGUAGGCUGUCACUGCACUUUGGCACUGUAGGCUGUCUCUUUCCUUAGGGUAACAAGGCAACACCACACCAUAGGCUGUCUCUUUCCUUAGGGUAACAAGGCAACACCACACCAUAGGCUGUCUCUUUCCUUAGGGUAACAAGGCAACACCACACCGUAGGUUGUCUCUUUCCUUAGGGUAACAAGGCAACACCACACCAUAGGCUGUCUCUUUCCUUAGGGUAACAAGGCAACACCACACCAUAGGCUGUCUCUUUCCUUAGGGUAACAAGGCAACACCACACCGUAGGCCAUCUCUUUCCUUAGGGUAACAAGGCAACACCACACCGUAGGUUGUCUCUUUCCUUAGGGUAACAAGGCAACACCACACCAUAGGCUGUCUCUUUCCUUAGGGUAACAAGGCAACACCACACCGUAGGCCAUCUCUUUCCUUAGGGUAACAAGGCAACACCACACCGUAGGCCAUCUCUUUCCUUAGGGUAACAAGGAAACACCACACCGUAGGCUGUCUCUGUCCUUGGGGUAACAAGGCAACACCACACUAUAGGCUGGGGCCUACCAUAAAGGUUUAAGGCAAUACAAAUUGAGUAUCAGUUGUGAAUGUGACAGUUUAGGGAUAUUUGAUGUGUGUUGGGUUCCCUUUGAAUGACAGGCUGGUUAUGAUUAGUGGAUGCUUUGCUGUGAGCAUGUGUUAUAUGUAAUAGAUGUGAAUGAAGAGGGUCUCGUUUUAUCCUUUUUAUAAGAGGUAACCAUACUUUUAAAGUGCACUAUAAAAAAAAUUCUAUUUUUGACUUAUUUUUCGCUCCAUAUCUCCAAACUGCUUAACCCACAAUCCUCCCCACCACCCUUCCCCCCUCCCCACUUUGCAAACGUAUUGCACAUACCGGAAAGACUGGACAUGCCCCUUGGGGGGUCCUUUCCUCGCAGCCUUCCCCCGGACUCUUCUUUGUACAGUGUAUUUAAUCGGGUGCAUGGUCCGUUCUCUCCGCCCAUAUACAGACCGCCGGCAUUGUUCUAGAAUCUCUAUCUAUAAAUAAAUCUAUAUAUGAUAUAGCGCAGUGCUCAGGUCCAGGAGUUAUGUUUUUAUACACAGCCUCCCACCUAUUCCUCCUCUCGAUGAUGAGGGGGGGUGGCUGCUGAUUUGAGCAUUGGUUCUCAUGUGAAUAUUGAGGAAUUAUAAAAAAAAAAAUGAACAUUUUCUGUUGACUACUUUCAUUUUUCUGCUAUUGACCCCCUCGCUCACACUUUAACUGCCGCAGGUGUAAGAGAAACAGAGAAAGCUUUCGGCGCGACUACAACUCUCUCUUGGGCUGCCGGUGGGAUUCUGGGAGUUGUAGUCCGACCUCCGACAUCUGAAGAGGUGGGGGAGGGGAAGCACGCUAGGUGCCUGGGUUUAUAAACGAAGAUACAAAACAACCCCCCCCACUGCUUUUAUUUUGUGUCUUUUAACUUUUAUUUUCAUUACCCGCUGUAUUUGCUUGCUCUGUUAUUUCCUUGUCUGUACAUGUGAAGUGUGAGAUAGAUGUGAACAAUAAUUCCUACCUUCCCGAGCCGCCUUCUCUCUCUCUCUCUGUCUCUCUCUCACUGUCUCUCUCUCUCUCUAUACAACCUGUAACUGUAAAUUCAAACAAGAAAUUGUAUGGGAUGAAAGAGGAAAAGAAAUGUACUUAUUUAUAAAUGGUUAAUUACACUUGGAA